GCAAAUUCAUUUUGUCCACACCCAGAACUUCACUUGUCUGAUCUGCGAGCAGGGAAAGGCAAAGGCUGAUUCUACCACAACCAAAGAGCACAGCCAGAAGGGUACUAGGUGGUCCCCUGUUCUGCUGCUACGUACUCCCAGAGAGACUGGUAGAGACUGUAUCAGCUAUUUCAGCGGUAGAUUAAACCCUUGGAGAAACUUUUCUACAAAUAUUAGUAUUUGAUGGGAGAGGGAAGCAAGUAACACGGAAGCGUGGGAGCUCCCACUCAUACAGGCAACAGAGGAAGACCGUGAUUUUGUGAGCAGUAGGCAGCCAUGUCAUAUCCAAAUGCCCCACCUCCGUACAAUGAUCGAGACCCACUGCAUGAACCGGGUGCUUACCCUCAGCCAGGCGGGUACCCUCCACCAAGUGGUUACCCUCAGCCAGGCGGGUACCCACCCCCUGGUGCAUAUGGACAGCCAGCUGGAUACUACCCUCAGCCUGGUGGGUACCCAGCACCUGCAGGAUACCCUCAACCUGGUGGGUACCCAGAGCCUGGGCAUAAUGAUCCUCCAAAGCCUGUAAUGCCCAUUUUACCUACAAUCCCUCUAAACACAGGUGAUAACGAAAUGUACAACACGGGUGACCGAGAGGGAGGAGAUUUUGGUUCGUGGGAUGACAAGACCGUGCGUCAUGCCUUCAUUCGGAGGGUUUACGCCAUCAUAGCUGUGCAGUUACUGGUCACUGUUGGCAUCAUUGCGAUCUUCACUUACGUGGAACCUGUCACCGCAUUUAUUCGAAGAACACCCGCAAUUUACUAUGCUUCAUACGCUGUGUUCUUUGUCACAUACAUCGUGCUUGUCUGCUGUGAGGGUCCCAGGAGGCGUUUUCCAUGGAACAUCAUCCUGCUUAGUAUAUUUACACUUGCCAUGUCCUUCAUGGCUGGAACAAUCGCAAGUUUCUACAGCUCUAAAGCUGUCCUGAUCAGCAUGGGAAUCACCGCCAUUGUGACCAUAAUAGUCACUGUCUUCUGUUUCCAGACUAAGGUGGAUUUUACGUCCUGUGCAGGAUUGUUUGCUGUUUUGGGAAUCGUCAUGUUUGUGACAGGAAUCGUUACAGCCAUCGUCUUGGCAUUUAAAUAUGUGUAUUGGCUGCACAUGCUGUAUGCUGCACUCGGAGCAAUCGUCUUCACUCUGUUUCUUGCGUUUGACACACAACUGGUGCUUGGAAAUCGGAAACACACCAUCAGCCCAGAGGAGUAUGUCUAUGGUGCCCUGAAAAUUUACACCGACAUUGUGUACAUCUUCCUGAACCUGCUGCAGAUUGUGGGCAGCCGGACGUAGAUGGGAGCACAUUCCUUAUAAAUAAUAACAACCACUCCCUCCCUCAUCCGUCUCUCUUAUGAAUAAUGCCUCCCCCUCUACCUCUGUAUAAAGAGUCCACCUUUGUCUCAGCUGAGGCAUUUGAUAUCUUCAGAGGUACCCCAUGUUCUUCACCACUCGUCUAGAUGUUAUUACUAUUAUCAUAUCUGCAAGUCUAUUCUAUGAUGCCACAAAUAUAUUUUCAGCACAUUCCAAAUAUAUUAAUAUAUUUAUAUAUAUAUUUUUGUUUUGUGUGAAGGGUCUGCAGUUUCCUUUAGCUGGUUGUGCCAGAACAACAUAAAGGGGAAGUUUAACUUUGAAAUGGGUCUUCAUUAUAGUUUGUGUUUGUUGCAGAAGGGAGCAGUCUAAGGGUAAGGGCCCAGCGAAAAAUCGCCUCUUCUUCGGGCGACUAAUCUCCCCGAAAACCCUUCCCGCCGGCUAGAAUGUAAAUAGACGGCGGGAUGCCACUCGGAGCGCUUCGUUUUCCCGAAGUCACCCAAAGUUUCCUCAUGAGGCGACUUCGGAAAACAAAGUGUUCCGAGUGCCAUUGCGCCGGCAAUUUACAUUCUAACCAGUGGGAAAGCAGUUUUGUGAAGGUUAGCAAAGAAGAAGCGAUUUGCCGCUGGACUUCUAAUCUCCCGAAAUAGCAGCGUGUGUCUCUGCCCUAAGCAACAUUGCAGAUGGUCUUUGUUUUUAAAUGUUUUUUUAGUUAUUUGCAUCUCUAUUCUAGCUGAUUUCAAACUGAAUCUUAUGCUGCUGUGCUGUUGCUAUGAUUGUUGACCCUGACAACGCAAAGUAAACUGAUAAUGAGAUUUUAUUUUUUUUAUGGUCAGUACGACCUUAUAUAUCUAUCUGUUCAGAGGCAUGUUUAUCUGACCUUCAUUCAGUUACACAAAUGCCUGCCAGGGUCUGUUAAAUCAACCAGGUAGCAGUUUUAUUGCCAAACCAGAGGGCCGCUGAACAAAAAGGUUACAUGAGAUCAUUUAAUCAUGCACAUUUUAGGUUAAACUUCCUUUACAAUUAGCUACUGUUUAUCGUCAUAAGCCAAGCCUUGCACUCUGUAUAUACUGUAUGUUUACUAUAUAUUUCUCUGAUACAAUUUGUCUUUGGGGGGCUCUCCCAGUAGCUCACAUGCCACCCUGUGGCCCUGAUAAUAGUGCUAUUUUAUGUGAGAUGAUAGGGCCACGGAUUGAUCCGCUAGUGGAAAAUAUAAUGCACUAUUUUGGGGCUUGAGAACUGACUGUGUUUACAUCUUCCUGAACCUGCUGUUGUGAUAGAGACUAUAUACCUGCAUAGUGUUUUAUUCCUUGUUAAAUUAAGAUGAUGGAUGAGUGUUACCUUCAUAUUAGGUGUAGCCGAGUUACAUGGAUGCACACAACAUUCUAGUCCUUUUCUGUUCUCUAACAGGCACUUUGCAUCCCGUCCCCACCCCUUUAGCAAGUACGGAUUCUGGGAUACCCUGGAUUUUCAUCCCUGAGUUUGGACGGAGAUUCUGGCCUGUAAUGGGUUUAUUUAAGGGAAGGGCAGAUUACCAUCCCCUAUUACCAACUCCCAUGGAUAAUGGCACCAGACCAGAAUAUUCUCAUUAGUUCUCAGCUAAUGGGGCAGGUAUUAAAUUGCAUUCAAUUAAAAAUGGCGCCUCCUUGGUUUCUUUAUAGAGGAUUUUGAUUUUCCCUGGGGGCAGUUUGGGUGCUGUAUUAUCAAUCAUCAAGGGCUUGAGCGCUCGCUGCCUGCGGGUUUUAUAAUCAGUCAGAGAAUUUGGGACAGAAUAUAUAUUAUAUGUAAAUAUUUUCUUUGUACCCAGCGACUGGGAAUCCAGACAAAGCCUUAAUGUCAAUAUUACCGACAAGAUUUGUAUUUUCAAUGUAAAUAAAACAAUAUUAGACCUUG